AUGCCCCUCACAAGCGGGUCGUUCGCGACCUUCCUGAUUGUCUGCCCGACAUGCUUCUUCCUCGGAAUCAUCUUCUCCCUCUUCCCUUACGACUACCCAAUUCUGUGGUCCACAACACCUACCCCGGCCUCCCACUAUGAUUACCUCGAAGCGCACCUCCAAUUCCUCCACGCCAGCCCUCCUCUCAUCCCCCGCAUUCUCCACAUUGUCAUCUUCCUCGGUCUGGCCGGCUUGAUCUCCAAGCUCUACAAGCCCUCCGAAUCAAACAUGCUCUUCGACGGCGCCUCCCUCGUUCUCUACAUGUGCGGCGUGACAGUCUACAUUGCCAACAUCGUUAAGGGUCUGCGUCUCGCAUCUGCCGGAAAAUACGGUGACGCGCUCGCUACCUCCGUCGAAGAGCAAGAUCAGAUUCUCGGUCGUGAGGACUCGCUUAAGGUGCUGAGUGCUAGCAAUACUAUCCUGGCUCUUGUGCUGGUUGGUAUCCUUGUGCUUCAGGCUGGACAGUGGUAUGCCGAGCUCAAGGAUCAGCAGGAGUAUGAGUCGGUUGGUAAGGGCAAGAAGACUGAUAGCGAGGGUGAGGAAGAGGAGGCCGUUUCGUCUGCGGUUGAGACAAAGUCUGGGAAGAAGAAGAAUAAGGGAAACUAG